CAGCCAGCACAGAAAGUUGGAAUAUCUGUUAAUUGUCAGGGAACUCGCAAAGGCCUCAAGGAAACCACGGCCCAGCAGAGAAUCCUUAUGGGAGAGAGAAAUAACAUGGACUUUGACUGUGGGAAAAAGUGCAGGAGGCGCUCACACUUUACUAGACAUCAGUGGAUCCACACAGGAGAGAAACCCUAUGAAUGCUGUGAGUGCGGGAAAACCUUCACUCGGAGCUCAACCCUUAUUCGCCAUCAGAGAAUCCACACAGGGGAGAAAACCUAUAAAUGCUGUGAGUGCGGGAAAACCUUCACUCGGAGCUCAAACCUUAUUCGUCAUCAGAGGAUCCACAGAGGAGACAAACCCUAUGAAUGCUGUGAGUGCAGGAAAACCUUCACUCGGCGCUCACACCUUAUUCGUCAUCAGAGGAGUCACACGGGGGAGAAACCCUAUGAAUGCUGUGAGUGUGGGAAAACCUUCACUUGGAGCUCUUCUCUUAUUUAUCACCAGAGAAGCCACACAGGAGAGAAGCCCUAUAAAUGCUGUGAGUGCGGGAAAACCUUCACUCGGAGCUCAACCCUUAUUGCACAUCAGAGGAGUCACACAGGGGAGAAACCCUAUGAAUGCUGUGAGUGCGGGAAAACCUUCACUCAGAGCUCAAACCUUAUUCGCCAUCAGAGGAGUCACACAGGGGAGAAACCCUAUGAAUGCUGUGAGUGCGGGAAAACCUUCACUGAGCGAUCAAGCCUUAUUCUCCAUCAGAGAAUCCACACAGGGGAGAAACCCUACAAAUGCUGUGAGUGCGGGAAAACCUUCACUCGGAGCUCAACCCUUAUUGCACAUCAGUGGAUCCACAGAGGAGAGAAACCCUAUGAAUGCUGUGAGUGCGGGAAAACCUUCACUGAGCGAUCACACCUUAUUCGCCAUCAGAGGAGUCACACAGGGGAGAAACCCUAUGAAUGCUGUGAGUGCGGGAAAACCUUCACACGGCGCUCCACCUUUAUUGCACAUCAGAGGAUCCACAGAGGAGAGAAACCCUAUGAAUGCUGUGAGUGCGGGAAAAUCUUCACUGAGCGAUCACACCUUAUUCGCCAUCAGAGGAGUCACACGGGGGAGAAACCGUAUAAAUGCUGUGAGUGCGGGAAAACCUUCACUGAGCAAUCACACCUUAUUCGCCAUCAAAGGAGUCACACAGGGGAGAAACCCUAUGAAUGCUGUGAGUGCCGGAAAACCUUCACUCGGAGCUCAACCCUUAUUGCACAUCAGAGGAUCCACAGAGGAGAGAAACCCUAUGAAUGCUGUGAGUGCGGGAAAACCUUCACUUGGAGCUCUUCUCUUAUUUAUCACCAGAGAAGCUGCAAGGGAGAUAAACACCAUGAAAAUUUUGCCUAGGGCUCAGAA